AUGGCCCGUAUCGCCUCAGACCCAAUGCUCGACAUCCAACCUGACUUCGCGUCACCUACGUUCGAAGGCCUCAGAAACCGGAUCAUCGGAGCAACCCAAACUACUCAUGACGAAGUCGCAGCAGAUUUAAUCGCGGCCUGGCAACAGGACCGCAACCUUAGAGUCGUAGCCUGGACAAGGCAAAUCGACGAAGACGCACACCUUGCAGCUGAGGCAGCAAGGGCGGAAAGAGAACAAGAAGACCAAGAACGCGUGCGGCUAGAACUCGAAGCCGAAGCUGAGAAGAAGAAACCAAAAAUCAAUGAUUUCGCGGUUGGCACGGCCGUCGGCGACACUCUCACCCCGCGCCCGUCACAAUACGCCAUCCACAAACUCAAAUCCUUCGAAUACGUUGAGUUAUGGUAUUUCAGCCCAGAGGGAUGCAAAGCCACAUCCGACGAAGCUAAAACUAGCGCGGACGACGCCUUCGGCUUCACCAAAGUCGAAGACUUUGUCGCCCUCAAACCAGUCGCGUCCUUCAAAGCUUCACGCAAAGCCAUCCAGGAUCACGGUCUCGAAUGGCGCCAAUUCGAUCUCGUCAAAAACAGCUUCCUGCUCUAUAUCAAUAAGCUUAACUGGCCGGAGAAGCACCAGCGUGCUCUCACCAUGUUCUUCAUGAACAUCGUAGCGCACCCCAGUCGCUCCGAACACUUUGGCGAACAAACCUUGCUCUUGUAUGCCGCCCACGUACGACGUGACUGGCACGACACACUUAUUCUCAACAACGCCUUCGAUAUAAGUGUUUUCAACCCCACCCUAUUGAGAAACAUGAACGAAGAAGUUUGGAACAAGGCUCGUCAUGAGUCCCUCACUGAGGUCAGUUUCCUUCCGCUUGCCCACUAUGUCAACCAUUUAUCUAAUUCUACCCCCCCUCAAUUUUCACCUCGUUUCGCCUUCAAUCAUUCCUGUCGCUUCCAUUUGCUUCCUUUCUACCGCUUCCACUCCGUCUACCUCUGCUCCCGCUGCCUAUGCUUCUGCUCCCGCUACUGCUCGCCCUGCUUCCGCUUCCUCUGCUUCCGCUUCCUCUGCUUCUGCUACCUCUAA